AUGGCCACCGUCCUGAAGAACAUCGCCCUCGUCGGCGCCAGCGGCAACGUCGGCAAGGUCCUCCUCCCAGCCCUCCUCGCCGCCAACAAGUUCACCGUCACCGUCCUCCGCCGCCGCGCCUCCUCGCCCUCGACCCUGCCCUCCGGCGUCCGCGUCGUCGACGUCGACUUCAGCUCCGCCGACUCCCUGGCCGCCGCCCUCGCCGGCCAGGACGCCCUCGUGUCCACCGUCGGCUCCGGCGCCCUCAACGACGAGCAGAAGAGGCUCAUCGACGCCGCCGUCGCCGCCGGCGUCAGGCGCUUCCUGCCCUCCGAGUACGGCUGCGACCUGCAGAACGAGCUCGCCGCCAAGCUGCCCGUCUUCGCGCACAAGGUCGAGGUCGCCGGCUACCUCGAGGACAAGGCCAGGACGACGCCGCUCACGUACACGCUCGUCUACAGCGGGCCCUUUUUCGACUGGGGCCUGCAGCACAACUUCAUCUUCAAGAGCGCCGGCUCCAGGCCGUUGCUGUACGACGGCGGCAGCACCGUCUUCAGCACCUCGACGCUCGACGCCGUCGCCCAGGCCGUCGUCGGCGUCCUGUCCAAGCCCGAGGAGACCAGGAACCGGGCCGUGCGGUUCCAGAGCGUGGCCAUUUCGCAGGCGCAGCUGCUUGCUAUCGCGAAGGAGGUUGCGCCGGAGAGGGACUGGCAGCCGGAGGUCGUCAAGCUGGAUGAUAUCACCAAGGCUGCUGAUGAGAGGCUGGCAAAGGGGCUCUUUGACCAAGAGACCUUUACGCCGUAUAUCCUGCGUGCCAUUAAUGACGAGCGGUACGGGCCCAAGUUUGAGAAGCUGGAUAACGAGCUGUUGGGGGUCAAGCAGUUGACUGAGGAGGAGGUCAAGGCGAUUGUGAAGGAGAAGCUCAGCGACUAG